AACAAAGUACUACUGUCACAAAAGCAUUUUUCUAUGCUCUCUAUAGAAAGGGGCCCGCCGAUAUUUCUCAGCGUAAACAAGGCACGAAACCUUUCUUUCAGUGGCCUUUUCGGGUCGUUUAAUAGGUCACCGAUUUUUUGAAUUUGUUCUUUCGUUACUUCAACCAUUUCCACGCCGAUUUAAAUAAUACACGUGAAAUUACUUACACUGAUUUUGACAACUAGAAAGUUUGGUUAAGCGAGCAGGGCCAACCUAAACAAUCAGAUUUUACGGUGAUUUUACCACAAUUCGUUCGGAUUAUGUUGGCAUGACUUUCUAACCCUACUUUUAGUUGUCAAAAUAGAUCAUGGCUGGGAGUCGUUUGGAGAAAAUCGGCAGUAUUUACUCAAGAACAUCAGGUUUAAUAAGAUCUGGUGCUUUGAGUUGGGAAGAUCGGCCGCUUUGGUACGAUGUUUAUGAAGCUUUUCCACCUAAGGAAGAACCUAAAUUUGAUAGACCUGCACCUAAUAUGAGGCUUAAAACGAUUUUCUACAAAGAGGAUAAAGCUAGAGCGUUAUUCCAUCAAAAUAACAGACAAAUUGGUGCGGGUGUUUUAACAAAUAAUACCACUAAAAGCCUUACACAACGCUUUAUAGAAACCUACGAAAAAUUAGAGGAACAAACUCAGGGAAGCGAAAGUAUGGAGUCGUUAUAUAAACAAGCAAUCGAUAUGUUAAAUAGGGAGCGUAACACUAGACAAACAAGUGAAGGUAGUGAGGAGGUGAGCUUGAGCAAUGCGUUCAAGAAAGCACAAAAAACACUGGUACAACAGGAAGAUGCCCCCAAAAUAAACGUUAAAGUCAGUGAUAUUUUUAAAGAUUAAUGUUGUUAAUAUAAGUAGUGUAUAAAUAUAUUCUAUAGUUG